UGACCAGGUUAAAGAGCUAUCCCGAAAAUCCUGCACCAUGGGCUGGUAUGACUUUAACGGACGCUGCUAUAAGUAUGUUGCCACACGACUGGACUGGGCAGACGCUGAGUCCUACUGUGUGACUCAGGGAGCGAACUUGGCCUCUGUGCACAGUGAGGCAGAACACCAGUUCAUCAAAAUUCUAAUCAAGAUGUUCGACCCUGCGGAGUUCUACACCUGGAUCGGGUUGUCUGACAUCGUUAAGGAGGGGAGGUGGAUGUGGACUGACGGGUCCAAGGUGGACUUUACCGACUGGUUUAAAUCAGACCCUGAUGGUGGAAAGGCUCAAAACUGUGUAAAUACAAACUAUCAAACGCUGUGGAUUGAUAAMGAAUGCAGCGAGGGUUACGCCUUUGUCUGCGCUGAGCGUCUCUGCUAGUCAGUCAUCCGUCAAGAUGGAGGUGCUGUCCCUGGCUGUCUUAGGAGAGAAGAAACCCUUUUUUCCCCAAUAUUAAAUAAACACCUUAUAUUGAAAAUAAAAGUUGCUUAAAUCAUUGUUUAUGGAUUGUACAUAUAACUACAAAAGGUUUGUGUGCUUGCAUCAGCUGUCUUUUCAUUCUGUCAAGAAGCUCUGUGGCUCACAAAACUUGACAAUCACGAUAAAAACACAUUGUUACGUGGCAAUACCCACUUGUGUGGAAUGGCUGUAGUGCUGCUGCCUUUGGAGCACAGCUUAUUCACACAGACACCGUGAGUGAAGUGAGUGAUUUUUAUGUUAGAGAUCAUACUCACACACGCAUACACUUCCAC